UUUUCUUAAUCUUAUGUGUUUGCUUGUGUUGCAACAAAAUAGUAUACGUGAACAAUUUUCCCAACAGAGUUUUUUCGUCAGUCGUUGCAAGAGAAAAUGGAAUGUGCACAGCUGCCAAACGACCUCGAAUGAUAUGGGCAAGCAUUUGUUGUAUCUGAAGAUCAAAAGCUUGAUUGGGGUGACAUGCUUUACAUUUUAACACGUCCUCUGGAAGGAAGAAAUAUGAGAUUUUGGCCCAGAGUUCCCUCUUCUUUCAGGGCAACUCUGGAAGAGUAUUCAUCAGCGCUUGAAAAGUUGUCG